GCAAGAGACCGUCUGAGUAACGUUACACUUCAUCGUUUUACGUACAUUCGAAGUCAAGUCAGCUGAAAUACUAGGGCUGAAAUUCCCCUUAAAAUUUUGUAAACCAUUUGUUGUCUAGCCAAUUUUCAUAAUCAAGAAUUGUAACGUUACCAGGCUGCUCUCGCUAAAAAUUUGCAGCUGUAAUUAUUCUCAUGAGCAAUAAUCAUAGCUUUAACAAGGUUCAUCUGGCUUUCCUCCUAAAAUUAAGAGUUUUCCCCAGAAACAAGAUGGCGUACUCUAGGGGGCUGCUGCUGUCGCUGAUGAACGCACUUAUGCUGACUGCUGUUAUGGGCUUGACAGUUACCGAUGUCGUCACUUCAACGAAAGCACCGAAUAUUGACCCUGCAACCGGCAUUGAUCUUGAAGCAUUGCAAAAAUUAACCCAAAUGCGAGUAAAGCGAUCAGGCAUGCUUGGUCCCCUCAUCAUCCAGCCCGCCCCUCACGACCCCCCCGUGCCUGAAGCCACCGCCAACAACAUCGUGUGGUCGUCGAGGUUCAGCGUUCCGUGGAAUGUAACCGUACUUCCCAACACAGCACACAAGUACGACAAAAUUGCCAAGACGUACGUUGAGGUCAUGGGGGCAAGUCCCUCCCUCCACAUCUUGAACGCCCUCCUCUCUCUUGCUGAGGCCAUCAACGCCUCGAAAUUCCCUGGGGCGGCCACUCCUGCCCUGUCCAACCAGCUCCACCUCGCCGCUAUCUUCGAGUUCGUUAAGACAUUUGACAUCAAAGCUUUGAAUCCUGGUGGACAAACCGCCCCCCUGAUGCGGGGCAUAGUGCCCCGGAAAGUCACCGCCGCUGUGGCCCCCCGCCUGCCCCAUCUGCCCGCCACUGAUGACGUCAUCAUCGCCCUCACAGAACUUGCACUCAUGACGGACGUCUUCAGACCUCCGUACGUGCCCCAGACCUACCAGACGGCCGAGCAGCGCGCUGCUUUCUACAAAGAGGCUGGAGCUGUAGCUCUCUGCGAAGUCUUGCAGAAGUUCCUGAACCAAUAAAAUGGAAUGACCAACUUCACUACCUCUAUACGCUGCAAUCUUGUAUGCAUUUUUAGAGUCUGGAGUAGUUUCGUAAGUCCAACUAUGGUCUUCUAAGGAACCGCGCACAACGAUUUGUCUACGGAUACUUCAAGUAACGUCGUAAGUUUUCGUCAGUUUCAUUCACGUACAACUGACGUUGCACGUUCCAGUUGUUAUUUCGUGGGUUGGAUGUCAGUGGUAAUUGUACCUAUGGCACCUAUACUGAUCUGGCAAUGGCUGCUACUUCUCCAUUUCUUAUAAUGCAAUUAUCUUUUUGCCGACGAGUGAAAGUAUUAAUAUGUUCUUGCGGGAAUUCAUGCGUUAAAGCUCCAAUGUAAUUGAAGAUACUUACAAUAAUGUAAUUCUAUUCAUUGCCUCUUAUUAUCCAGUUAUUGAAGAAUUGGAGUUAAGAGGCAAUGAGGUGAUUACAUGUAAUGUGUCCCACAUAACAUGUGAUCAGCUGCAGCUUUCUGAAGCAGUACGUGAUCUGGGUAGCGGUACUCUAAUGAUGCGCAGGUUUUUUCUAAUGAUGUAAAAGGUUACUGUAACGAUACACGAGGUCACUCCAAUGAUAGUUAUACAUCACUGCACUCACAGUGCAGCAGUCAGGACGUGUGGAUGAGUUCAACUUCAAAUUAUGGUAGAGUAGAGUGCCACGCUAAGGUAGAGUGCCUUAUUGCCUUUUAAUCCGAUAUAAUGAAUCAGUAAUUGUUCUCGCAUUUAAUAAAGCAUUGUUUUUAUUCAAGAUCAAAAUAAUGUUAAUAUAACGUAAUAUUCGUGAUUACGCACCACGAAAAAUUGUCUAUGGGAUAUUCAGGUUGUUUCAGGAGAUGGUUGUCUUAGAUAUGGGAUAUGGCAGAUACUCGGCCAACACAACUCUGCAAUGUUAUGGCCGUUUCUGCUUCCAGGUUUGCAAUAAAAUAAAUAUGCAUA